ACAUUUAGAAAAGAAAUAAACAGUUCCUAGUUGAAACUGACUAUCAUGGUAUGGCUAACCAUUGAUUUUUGGCAACAAACAAUAUAGAAAAUAUCUUCUUUUAUGUCUAACCGAAGAAACUUGGAGCAACGUGACGGAGGCGGAUCCACUGUUAGUGUGCCCCAGCCCACCGAACCAGAAUAUCGCAGCAUUUCCCUGCUCCUUCCCCUCUCUCCACAUCCCCUCCGAGCGCAAGCCGCCUCUGAUGCCCUGGGAAAAAAUAAGAAAGCAGUCUAGCAAUCUCGGACAGACGUGCGUCUGAGUCUUCUGCGGUUGUGGACAUGUCGUUUCUGCUGAAGUGUAAGGCUGUCCAGCUGUCCUGCAGCUGGUGAGUAUCGGGCGUCAGCAUCAUCCAGAAUGUCUCUGAUGUUUGGGAAGGCAAGAACUUGCAACAUUGUCACAGUCCCAGAGCAUGAGCCCUCGGAAUGUAACAUAGUGAUCUUGGGAGCUAUGGGAUCUGGAAAGUCAGCACUUACAGUGAAAUUCCUCACGAAGCGCUUCAUCAGUGAAUAUGACCCAAACCUCGAAGAUACCUAUUCUUCAGAAGAGGUUGUAGACCAGCAGCCCGUUCUGGUUAAAGUGAUGGACACGGCUGAUCAGGAUGGACCAGUCAACUGUGAGCGCUAUUUAGGCUGGGCCAAUGCCUUCAUCAUUGUGUACAGCAUUGACAACCGGAACAGCUUUGAGGCCUGCCGGCGUUACUUGGAGACAGUGACUCUGUACUCAAAAGGCCUGCAGCCAGAGGCUCCUGUCGUUCUUUUAGGGAACAAGGUGGACAUGGAGAGAUACAGACAGGUGAGCAAGGCAGACGGUGCAGCUCUGGCCUUGCGCUUCGGUUGCCAGUUCUUCGAAGUUUCCGCCUGCUCUGACUUUCUGUCCGUUCAGCACAUCUUUCACGAAGCCGUUCGGGAAGUGAGGCGAGAGACAGAGAAGAGCAUCCGUCCGCUCUUCAUCAGCGAAGACAAGUCUGCCAUCAGCCUCUCCUCCGCUCCUCCGCUCACCGCCUGCUAUAAAGAGCUGCCCGCCCCGGCCACCGCAAAGCUGGUUACGGUGAAAUCCUCGAGAGCUCAGAGCAAACGCAGAGCCCCCACGCUCACGCUGCUCAAGGGCUUCAAGAUCUUCUGAUGCGAGGAUGCCCUCUUCUGACACUCUAGAGGAUCUACAAGAACCGAUGCUCGUUUUUUUUAUGUCGUAUCAGCUCAUUUGGAAUUAAAACUAACAGGAUCUGAAGAAUUUCAGCAUCUCUCACAUUGCCUGAGAAAGCGGUAACUAUGAGAAUGAACUAAAUAUGCUAAAUAUAUCAUGGAUGAUUAUUCUGUUUUAAUUGGUGAUCACUGUUUUUUGCACCGGAAUUAUACUUGUAUUUAUACUUUCCACGUAAUAUAUUAAUUUCAGAGAA